AUGAAGAUCCGCACCAAGCACUCGCCCUUGCUCUUCCUCCUCCUCCCAUCCAUUGCGUAUGCGCUGUCAUCCCAUGACGUUGCCGACCUACCAGCCCCGGCCGCGGUUCCAGAGGCAUCAAAUGAGAUACCCCAGGCUGGUCUGAAUCGACAUGAUGUCCCAACCAAGGAUGCCCCCGUCGAUGGUAAGGAUGGAAAGCCUCACCAUGGGCCUUUCAUCGAGACGACAGAUGACCACAAGCGGACAAACGCGGCGGCCGCUGGAUCUGUCGAGGGCGACCCAGAUACCCUCCCUCAGCUCAAGGGCCGACCCGUUGACCCAACCGUUGUGGAUGGUAAGAAGAUCCCCGAGACCAACGACGGCGUCAUGUUCGACACGAAUCGAGUCCACGCCCAAGAGGGUACCACUGGGACCGAAGGCGGCGUGACCGAAAAGUACAAGGCAAAGAAGCUUGAGGAGGACCUCAACGGAGCGAGUUUCAAGAAGCCUGAAGCUCCUAAGGAGGCGCCUCCUCUACCACACAGCGAGGAAGAAAAGAUCCGCGCGUCUGGAGGUGUGGUGAACGAACCCGGUAAGGAUACCGAGAAGGAAGUCGGGUCACAGUACGAGAAAGAGAAGGAAGGAGAAGCACCAGAUGAUCUUCCCGAACGACCUGUUGGACAGAACGCACCUUUCCAUGAUUCCGCCAAGAAGGAACCUACCGAGCCGAGCAGAGGAUCAACUCACGGCCAACAAGAUGACGACCACCUCAGCCAGCCCUUCCACUCCUUCGUUCUAUCCUUUACCAUGAUUUUGGUCUCCGAGGUUGGAGACAAGACUUUCCUAGUUGCUGCUCUGAUGGCUAUGAAGCAUGAUCGGAUGGUGGUCUUUACUGCCGCCUUUGGUGCCCUGCUUGUCAUGACGGUUCUCUCAGCUGUCCUGGGUCAUGCCGUUCCUGCCCUGAUCCCCAAGCGCCUGACCGGUUUCCUCGCUGCCAUUCUCUUCUUUGUCUUUGGAGCCAAGCUGAUGCGGGAGGGUCUCCAGAUGGACCCCAACGAGGGUGUCUCUGCUGAGAUGCACGAGGUUGAGCAAGAGCUUGCCGAAAAGGAAAAGGAGAUGGGCCGCAAGCGAGGUGAUUCUGUGUCGGCUUACACGCUCGAGAUGGGUCUCAAUGGCAACGGCAACGGUCGAAGGUCUCGACCCAGCAACCGCUUGAUGUCGCCCCCCCGAUCGCCUUCUCAGUCCCCUGUUCGGGAAUCCCGUGGUGGCUCGUCUGGUAUCUUCCAAGGAGUAGCCAACCUCUGCUCUCUGCUGCUUAGCCCGGCUUGGGUUCAGACCUUUAUCAUGACCUUCCUGGGUGAGUGGGGUGACCGAAGCCAGAUUGCUACCAUCGCCAUGGCUGCCGGACAGGAUUACUGGUGGGUUACUCUUGGUGCUAGCUGUGGCCAUGCCAUCUGCACUGGUGUUGCUGUCAUUGGUGGCCGGGCCAUCGCCGGCCGAGUCAGUCUCAAAGUUGUCACUGUCGGCGGUGCUGGUGCCUUCCUCAUCUUUGGUGUUCUUUACCUCUUCGAGUCUCUCUACGGCUAAAGACGAUACCUGCCCGAACGGCAUUUCUCUUUUUUCCAAUAUACAAGGGUUUCG